GACAUUAUUCAGGUGUUGUAACUGGGCGUGGACGCCCUGACUCCCUUGUUCUUCUCUCUUAUGUGACCUUGUAGGACGGUUUACACCUCUUGUGACUAAUUCCCUGUAAUUACCUCCCCUUUGAGCUUGCACUCAGGUUAAUUAGCCUCGCUGGAGAGGCUAUAUCAUGUGGCAAUUAUAAAGUGCGGGUUGAGGUGUGCACACACAGGUGUUGUGGGUUGAGUACUGACACAGGUGUAAUGGCGUGUGUGUGGUGUCAGGUGUGUGUGGUGGUUGUGGUGUGUGUGGCCUGGGGUCACUCUCAGGACCUGGGCAGGUCACCAGAUGACCCUAGAGGACUCAGAUAUGGCACGGAUAUCAGCUGGAAGGGAGUCCUGAGGAACAGGUUGAGGAUGCAGAACCGCUAUAAUCAUCCAACGCAUAUGAUCAUGGCACCAAGAACGCUACGACCUGGAGCUGUCUACCGGUGUGUCGUUACCAUCUUAUACCUCGAUCAUCCUGUUGAUGUUAGGGCAUCAUUGCAAAAGGAUGGAGUGGAACUGUCUUCAGCCAAGCAGGACAUCAUCAAAGGUUAUCCAGAAACCUUACUCCUGCAGGUUCCAAAGACAAGUGUAGAUGGAGAUUAUCGUUUGCGGGUCGAGGGCAAUGUUCCGGGAACGGUUGGUGGCACAGUGUUUUUGAAUGAUACUCGUCUAUUUUUCUCGACCCGCUUCCUCACCAUACUUAUCCAGACCAACCGUCCUGUGUAUACUGGCGACCAGAUAGUUCGCUUUCGAAUCAUCCUUCUGACCACUGAGCUGAAGGCAUAUGAUGAUCCUGUAGAUGUGUAUAUUUUGGAUCCAGAUGGCUAUGUGAUGCGUCGGUGGCCUUCUCGCCCCACCAAUGUGGGUGUGGUAUCCAUGUCCUUCACCCUUCCAUUCUUACCCAAAGUUGGUUGGUGGGGAAUUAAGGCACUUGUGAAUGGUCAAGAGGAAAUAAAGAGGAUCAAGGUUGAGAAGUGGUACACACCUCGCUUUGAAGUGAAGUUGUUUAUGCCCAAGUACUUUCUGGAGACGGAUGAAGCAGUGACGGGUGAGGUAGGAGGAGAAUUUGGCAAUGAUAAAGGUGCAUUUGGUAAUGCUACUUUAAGACUGUAUGUACGCAGCAAACACAGUAAAGACUGGGUCUUCGUAAUGGAGGAGGAAUUUGUUCCGUUUGAUGGAGAAGAUGAGUACAGUUUUCCUAUGGAGGAAAUUUCUAAAAAAGUUCCAGCACUGGAUGGAUCAGAAGUUCGCGUUGAAGCAGAAAUUACUGAAACUUUUAUGCUGGUCACUGAAACAGGUUAUUCAAUGGCUAAAAUCAUCAAUUCGUCUGUUAACUGUCGCUUCUUAGGUUCUCCUCCAUAUGUCUUCAAGCCUGGAAUGCCAUUUGAAGCUUCUAUAGCAGUUUCCUACCAUGACCUGCAACCACUGGGGGUUGAGAAGCUGCAUAGUUCCAAGCUGGUGGUGAGAGCUGAAGCUCAGGCAGAAUCUGGCUCCAGACACACUGUUUUUAAUGUGGAGAUACCUCAAGUUAAUGCCGAGGAAGAAGAAAAUGAGUUCCUUAAAUCAUCUUGGCUCUACAAUAAGAGGUUACAGGCAAUUUUGGCAAAGGAUCCUACCUACAAACCUGAAGACUAUGACUCCAGGAUCAGCAUUGACUCUGAAUCUGGGACACGGUACUUGACAGAAAAUGAGCUUGUAGAAAAAAAGCUGGAAAUUUUUGUAAGAAAUCAGCAUUUCCAGAAAUAUCGUGAGAAAGGAGUGUUCCAUUUUACAGUGGAUGUGCCAGACAAGACGGCAGGACUUACUCUAACUGCAUCAUAUCAGGACGAUUCAGGCUCAAUUGCUUCAGCAAGUGCUCAAGCAAUUGCUUAUUAUUCAUCCAAGAAACAGUAUAUUGGUGUGGAGACAAGCAGCAAGGAAGUCACUGUUGGAGAUUUUGUAGUGUUUCAUGUCCGAUCCAAUUUUAACAUGGAUUCUUUCCACUACUUAAUUAUGGCAAAGGAAAUGAUUCUGUAUGCUGCAAAGGAGGUGCUAGAUAGAACCAGCCGAGCCAGUGUUAGGACAGUUUCUGUUCCUGUAAGUUCAGAGAUGGCCCCAGCAUUUAAGAUCAUUGUAUAUCAUCUCACCCACAGUUACGAGAUCAUCUCAGAUUCGCUUACUGUGCCAGUGGAUGGAAUUUCACGCCACAAGGUUCGGCUAAAUAUUAACCAAGACAAGGAUCACAGUAUUCGCUCAGUAGAGCUGGGCACCUACAGUACACCGGGAGCUUUCUAUGGCAUCUCUGGAGUACGAGAGUUCACCUAUGCCAUGCGAGGGGGUAAUGAAUUGUCCCGUGCAUCUGUGCUCAACUCGCUACAUGGCUUUGCUAACAGCACCCGAUCCCUGCACAAAAUGACCUGGCGAUAUCGUGAGGGCUACCAGCCAGAGGAAGUAGAGUACUAUACUGCUGGCAACUAUGGCCCAGAUGCUAAUAGAACCUUUGAUUUUAGUGGCCUUGUAGUAUUAACUGAUACUAAUGUUGGUGUUAUUCCUGGUUAUGCUGAAAGCAGGUGUAAUGCAACAGACGGAUAUUCUUUGUGUCUCGUCGGUGGCUGCUAUCCAACCAAGAAACGGUGUGAUGGUGUUGUCGAUUGUACUGAUGGCUUUGAUGAAGUGGAUUGUUUUGACCCAUUGGAAGACAAGGAAUUGGACUUCCGUAUUCAUCGCUACAUCAAAUUCUCCGACUUUUUUGAUACAGAAGAUGGUGAUUGGCUUUGGCUUGAUAUAAAUAUAGGUCAUAAGGGACAUGAGCAGAAUGACAUUGAGUUGCCCAAGGUGGAUGACCCUUAUGUGCUCAAUGCAUUUAGUGUCAGCAAAGAAUUUGGGUUUGGUCUUAUCGAUUACCCACUAAAAUACUCUGCAAUGCCACCCAUGUACAUCAGCUUGGAGAUGCCAGAUUCUUGCAGACGUGGAGAACAGAUCGGAAUGCGGAUUAUGAUAUUCAACAAUCUGCCACAGGAAAUGAUGAUUUUGUUAGUCCUUCAUGGGGCCGAUACUCAUCGUUUUGUGUUGGUGGAGGAACAUGGAGUUGUUGACUUCUAUCGUCCUCGCACCAAAGCUGGUGACCAUCAGCAUCUUGUUUCAGUUAAUGCUGACAGUGCAAUGGAGGUUAUAUUCCCAAUAGUUGCAACUGUUGAUCAGGGAGAGAUUGAAGUAACGGUGUCAGCACUAACACAGAUUGGCAGGGACGAAGAAACAGCCACGCUUAUGGUAGAGCCUGAAGGAGCAACAAUAGACCGUCACACUUCAAUCUUACUUGACCUCAAAAACAGAGCUGUUGUCUACGAGUACAUGGAUAUCAUUGUAGAAGAAUCCUUUGUUAUCCCGUUGGAUAUUCGACGACGCUUUGUUGCUGGGUCUCCAAGAGGUCAUGUUUCAAUUUGCGGUGAUGUUGUUGGACCAUCCUUUCCAAAUGAAAUGACGGGAAAAACAGGUUCUUUACCUGAAAAUGUGGGGGGUUUAAACAUCCUGCAAUUUCCAAACAGGUUGACAGCAUGGACAACUCGUAUCCUACAGCAUGCUCAGUUUCAAGACUGGGAAAACAUCAUUUACAUAGAACCUAGGAUAAUUUCUAAGGCUAUUGAGUGGCUUGUUAAGUGGCAGGACCCCAUCACUGGAGCCUUCAGGGAGACGCCUUCGUAUGAAAAAGUUCCACUCGAUAAGAAAGCCAGUAGUUAUUCAUAUGGGGCUCACCAUCGAGGUCCAAAGAAUAUCACCUUGACUGCUCAGUGCCUGAUCACACUGGAGAUCACCAUAUCUUCCCUACAGGGUCGUGUCAGAGGACAAGCUAAUAGUGCACGCGCACAAGCCAUUAGAUAUUUGUCGAGGGAGCUGAAGUCUCUAUAUGAUCCCUAUGAAGUAGCCAUUGUGGCAUACGCACUUUCUGUCGCCAACUCCGUGGAUAAGGAAGCAGCCUUCAAUGCACUGGAUCGUUUGAAACGAGAAGAAAAUGGACUUAUUUACUGGUCUCGAGCACCCAUCAAGACCAAUACCCGAGUGUACGAGAACAACCAGAGGAACUUGCUGCAGCCUAAGUAUGAACAGGAGUGGGAUUCUCAUGCUGUUGAGGCUACAUCAUAUGCUCUGCUUGUUUACCUCAUCCGUGAUGGUGUCAACAUUAUUCAGGAACGAAUUGUGGAGUGGCUAAAUGCAAUGAGGAUGCAUGAUGGAGGAUUCAUAUCAACUGUGGACACACUGGUGGCAUUGCAGGCUCUAACAGAGUACUCGUACCGUGCACGUUUGAGGGAUAUUACUGACAUGCGUGUAAAUGUUGAGGCAACUGGAGAAAUUGGGCGAGCCUCCCAUUCUGUCGUAAUUUCUAACACAAGUGUGUCCAAGAUGAAUUUAAUUCCAAUUCAAAAUGUGUGGGGAUUGGUGAACGUUGUGGCUCAUGGCGCUGGUCAGGCCAUCCUUCAGCUGGAUGUGAGUUAUGGUGUUGACUGGACACCCCUGAAGAAACAGCCACCAGUUGAUGCAUUUGAACUGGAGGUUAGGGAGUUCUAUACACCAUUCGGCAACAAAUCUCACUGUAAUAUAAAAGUCUGUGCAAGGUGGAUCAAUUACAAAGAGGCAGAGCAGAGUUCAGCUACAGUCAUAGAGAUUGAGGUGCCCACUGGUUAUGUGGCUUUUCAGAUAGAUCUUGAGAGGAGUAUUCAUGAGGCUCAAAUCACGAAAACUUUCCCUUCCCUGCGAGAUGUCAUUGGUGGACACGGUGAUGUGUUUGCCAAGAAAACUGUCUGGUUCUUUGAUUAUGUAAGCUAUAUAUCUAUUUAUAUAAUAGAGAUUGUUUUAUAAAAGCACAGUAAUUGC